AUGUCUGCGGCAGCCAAGUCAGAGGUGCAAGGACAGCAUCAUGUCGAAACCGCCCUCGACGUCCCUAUCAAUCCUGGGUCGGUGUCCUUUCAAGAAGAGCAGGAUGUUCAGUACAAGCUGGGCUGGAGGUCGGCCCUGGCCAUCACGGCGCUCGCCCUUGCAAAUUGCUGUGCCGCGUUGACCAACACGUCAAACACUACCAUCAGAUUUCAAGUUGCAAGCGUGGGGGGUGCCAAUCUAGCCAGCUGGAUUGGGAACGCAAGCUUUCUAUUGACGCUCUGCUUCGGGCCCGUCUUUGGCUUUCUGGGUGACCGGCUCGGCAAGAAAUGGUUCAUGGUUGGAGGGGCUGCCGUCGGUGUGGUUGGAGCGUGUAUUGCUGGGACAGCUCAUACAGCGCAGAGAAUUGUCGCCGGUCAAGUUCUGUCCGGAGUCGCCAAUGCAGGCUGCAUCGUUUCCGUCGCAGCGAGUCAAGAAAUCACGCCCAACAAAGUCCGACCAUGGGUCAUGGGCUACACCCAAACACUGGCCAGCUCCGCAGCUCUGCUUGGGACAUACUGCGCCGGCGCGUUUGUCAAGUAUCACACAUGGCGGUGGUCUUACUACCUGAACGCUUUUGCCUAUUUCAUCGCGGGCACAAGUGUGGCGUUGACAUACUUCCCACCACCUCCGACACUUCGGCGUCAAGAAACCCUUGGCAACAUCUUCUCCGGUCUCGAUUACAUCGGUAUUUUUCUUCUUAGUGGAUCCCUGGCUUCCUUGGUAAUUGGCCUGACUUGGGGUGGCACGACUUAUGCCUGGUCGAGCGGCCAAGUCGUUGCUGCCACUCUUGUCGUCGGCUGUUUGGGUCUGGUGGGUCUAGCUGUCUUCGAAAUGUUUGUCAAAACGGACGGGUUGCUUGACCACCGGCUUUUCGCGAAUCGCAAUUUCCCUAUCCUCCUUUUCGUUUGUACCAUAGACGGCAUGCUACUACUCGGCGUCAAUGUGCUCUAUGCCCAAGAGAUUGCUAGCCUCUUCACGACAGACGCUGUGAGAAUCGCUGUUAUCCUGUCACCUUACCUGAUCACUUCGUUGUUUGGAUGCCUGCCAGCCGGAUAUCUGAUGGCGAGAACAAAGUCCUACAGGACUAUGCUGGUGGCAGCGCUUAUCUGGUGUAGCCUCUUCACAGGUCUGAUGGCUCUUGUGACCCCCAAUCGGUUGAGGUGGACUUAUGCGUUUUCGACUCUUUUUGGCAUCGGAACAGCCGUCACCACUGUCAUUCCUGUGGUUGCUCUUGCACUCUCCGUCCCAUCAUUCUUGCUUGGGACUGCGGGGACGUUGAGGAUUUCAUGCCGCGCCCUUGGUGAUAUCGUGGGAAUUACAAUCUUCACCGCCAUCCACAGCAACAAAUAUGCGAUCGGUGUCCGACGAAAGGCGCUUCUUGCGAAGGUCCUCGGAGCAUUGGCGAACCCAGCUGUAGCACCACCUGUUGCCCUCGAGCAGAUUCGACCCGCUUUGUCCAAGGCAACAGUCGGUGCCGUGUUGGAGGCAGUAUCCCACGCACAAACCGAGGCAUGGAAAUGGGUCUGGGUGGCCGUCUCCUGUCUCGUUGCGGUGAACGCCGUUGUCGCUUGUUUUGCAAACCCAGUGAAGGAGAGGAUGAAUCAUCACGUCGAGAGUGCUCUUGAGCAUUCGGAAACCAGAAUGAGCCAGAUGGCUGUCAAGAAGACAGCAUCUUAG